AACCUCCACAACUCUCUUCUCCUUCCCCAAAUUGACGUUCCUUCACUUUUUCUUUUUUUUUUUCCGUUAUCCAAAGAAGAAGAGACACACUCGCGAAAAUGGCGGCUCACUCUUCUUGCAACUGUGCUUUAGCGAAUCCGAUCAUCUCACGAAUCGAUUCUUCCUCUAAGCAGAAGAAACCAUCUGUUCCAUUAUACUUCUUCUCUACAAGAAACCCUUUGACGAAUCCAUGGUUAGGCGUUGUUGAUUCAUCAUCCCUCUCUCUCACCUCUCCCGUCUCCGCUCUUCAAACCAAUCGCCGUAGAAUCCAUAAAUCCGUCAUCUCCAGCUUACCCACCGCGAAUCCAGAUUCAGUGGUUUCUGAUGCGAAAAAGCCAAAAUGGUCAUGGAGAGCAAUUAAGUCGUUUGCAAUGGGAGAGCUUGAAGCUAGGAAGCUUAAGUAUCCAAAUACUGGAACUGAAGCACUUCUCAUGGGUAUUUUGAUUGAAGGAACUAGUUUUACUUCAAAGUUUUUGCGUGCGAAUAAUAUAAUGCUAUACAAAGUUCGUGAAGAGACGAUCAAGUUACUAGGAAAAGCAGAUUUGUAUUUCUUUAGCCCUGAGCAUCCUCCUUUAACCGAAGAUGCUCAACGGGCACUUGACUCUGCUCUGGAUCAGAAUCUUAAAGCAGGUAGUAUCGGGGAAGUAAUGCCAGCACAUAUACUACUGGGAAUCUGGUCUGAAGUUGACUCUCCAGGUCACAAGAUAUUGGCAACCCUUGGUUUCACAGAUGAAAAGUCUAAAGAGUUAGAGUCCUUUGCCUCUAAAUCUGGCUUUCUAGAUGAGUAGUAUAUUACAUCUGUCAUUUCUCCAUUAAUGCAAAAUCUUCAAAUUCAUAGUUGCAGUUUGCAAUAAUGUGUCCAUCCUUACUGAUUCUUAUUUUUAGUUCUUUGCUUUGCCGUAAAGACUUAAAGAAGCUUUUCCAUAGAAAUUACUAACACUGGAUCCUUGAGUUUUACUUGUUAUAUAUAGCAUCUCGACUUUAAUUGUCAUUGGCA